AUGUUGACGCAACGCUGGGACGUGUCGUCAAGCUCGUGUCCACCUUCGCACAACCUUCGCAACCUCUUUCGCCCUAUUGACACAACGCGACACGUGACGAUGUUGCUCACUGUGAUAACUGGUACCGUCCCCCGAGCGGUCCGUGCAGCUUUCUCGACACGCCGACGGUCUCCAGUCGCUGCUGCUUCUUUUCGUUCUUGGAAUUUUCCAAGAAUAAGCGGCAUCUUUCCAUCUGAAACGCUGCGUCUGAACUUAAGUCCGGAGGCAUCUCGGGAGUUGUCGACAUCGGUCAAGAACAGCGCGACGUCUGAAUUGUUGUUCCAUAAAGCUGAGAGCAUUCGGUCGGAGGUUGAUGAAGGUGUUGACCCUCGAGUUGAGACGUUGCUUGAUCUUAUCAAACAGAGUCAAGAAGAGAACAACACGGAGCGAGAGCUUGAGCAGUCGCUACAGCUCUACGACAUUCUGAAACAAAACAAGCAAGAAGAUCCUGACGUCUUUGAAGUCGCCUUUGGCAUCGCACGGAUAUAUGACGAUCAGCUGGAAGACAGCGCUACUGCAGCGGUUUAUUAUGGAGAGGCAAUUGCUAUUCUCGAGACAAUCUCAGCAGAUUCAACGGCCUGGACCGCAUACAUGCGUGUGACCACACUCGGGGCUCUUGCACUCUGUUCCGAGAAUCUUGGCCAGCAUGAGGAAGCUGAAAAGUACUUUAACGACGCUAUCGGUGCAUACAAUGAGCAUUGCGACCAAGCUGUUGACUCAGGCGCCAGCGAGGGCGAAGCGUCUGACGUGGAUAUCUCGCUCCUCGCAGAUCUUAACGCCACGGCCGCUAUGAUUCACUACCACUUUGCUGGCAAUUUGCUUGCUCAGGAGCGCUGGGAUGACGCUAAAAAAGUCACGGAGAUCGCACUCGUGCUGGCUGAAAACUCUCGAAUGCCUUUGGAGGAGUUGGAGGAACUGCAGCAUUGCGUCCACGAGUUGUGGUUGGAAAUAGAGUAA